AUGUCCUCUGAAACUAUCAUUAUCGGUGCCGGUAUCAUCGGCGUAUCAACAGCUUACUACCUCUCUCAACACCAAGACCCUACAACCAUCCACAUCGUCGAAACCUCCCCGGAACUGUUCUCCUCCGCGUCCGGCUUCUCGGGCGGCUUCCUCGCAAAAGACUGGUUCUACCCCCGCGUUGCCGACUUAGGUGCCUUCUCCUUCGAAGAACACCGUCGCCUUGCCGAACAACACAACGGCAAAGAGAAAUGGGGCUACUCACCCACCAUCUGCCUCAGCUAUUAUGCUUCGGAGGAAGCCCGCAAGGGCCAGAAGCGCGGGGAUGAUUGGCUAAGGGACGGGACCAGUCGUGCGGAUGCUGCGCCGGUGAUUUUGGAUUCUAAGUCGAACAAGACACCAACCUGGUUGUGGAGGAAUAAGGGGGAUCAGAUCGAGCUUAUUAGUGCGGAAGGGACUACGGCCCAGGUUGAUCCAUUGAGGUUGUGUCACUUUUUGUUGAAGGAGUCGAUGAAGCGGGGGGUGAAGCUGCAUCAGCCGGCGAAGGCUGUGUCUGUGAAGACCGAGAAGGGAGUGCUGGCCGGCGUUCGCAUCGUGAACGUCGAGACGGACGUGUGGACAGAGCUACCAUGCAAGCGGCUCAUCAUCGCAGCCGGCUGCUGGACGGGUGAGGUCUUCCGAGCACUCUUCCCCAAGUCCAACGUCGAAAUCCCGAUCAAAAGCCUAGCGGGCCACUCCCUAGUCCUCAAAUCCCCCAGAUGGCAUGCCGGUGUGGAAAGUAACGGCUGCCACGCCGUCUUUACCUCCCAUAAAAACCUCUUCUGCCCGGAGAUAUUCUCCCGUCUAGGAGGACACAUUUACUUCGCUGGCCUGAACUCUUCCACACUCCCCUUGCAAGACCCCGCGAAGGGCAAGGCUACGCCAUACAAGGAAAACAUUGACCAGCUGCGCGAAGCGGCAACAGCCAUCCUGGGCAGGGGAGAGAAGAUCGAGAACGAUAUGGUGGUUGUGCGGGAGGGGCUCUGCUUCCGGCCGGUCACGUCGAGGGGCACGCCCAUCAUCUCAAGGAUCCGUGAUCGGUAUCUCGGGCCUGAGGUGGCGACGAGUCCGGGGAGUGAGGGCGGGGUGUUCGUAGCGUCGGGGCAUGGACCUUGGGGCAUUUCGAUGAGCCUGGGCACUGGGGUCGUGUUGGCUGAGUUGGCGCAAGGGAGGAGGUUGAGUGCUGAUAUCAGUGGGUUGGCGUUUGAGGUGGAUCAGGCAGAGUUGUAA